AUGGCUACCAGCUCAAUUUCUCGCGUUGCGAAAAAUCCCAUCAAUUUCAGUACAAGAAAUGUUGAAUCCCAGAAAAAAUCAAUAUUUUCAAGGCACCUCUCAUUCUCCAAUUCAUCCAUUUCCCUUCAAAAACUGUCACUUGUUAAAAGUUCCUAUUUUUCAGGAAAAUUCAACACCACACCAGUAUUCAAUGUCCUCGAAACCGUAGAAUCAAAGUCCGAUUUGUUGUCAAGAACCCGGGAUCCCGACAACGUUGUCAAAACUGAAAGGCCCACAAUCCUUGUCUCCGAGAAACUCGGAGAAGCGGGUCUGGAUUUGCUAAGAACAUUCGGAAAUGUUGAGUGUUCGUAUAAUUUGUCCCCUGAGGAAUUGUGUGCCAAGAUAUCGUUGUGUGAUGCGUUGAUUGUGAGGAGUGGGACUAAGGUUACGAGACAGGUUUUUGAGGCGGCAAAGGGGCGGCUUAAGGUGGUCGGGAGGGCGGGUGUUGGCAUUGAUAAUGUGGAUCUGCAGGCGGCGACGGAAUUUGGGUGUCUUGUGGUCAAUGCCCCCACCGCUAACACCAUUGCUGCGGCGGAGCAUGGCAUUGCUUUGCUUGCUUCCAUGGCGCGUAAUGUUGCGCAAGCCGAUGCCUCCAUGAAAGCUGGAAAAUGGCAACGCAACAAGUAUGUUGGUGUUUCUCUGGUUGGGAAGACAUUAGCAAUCAUGGGAUUUGGUAAGGUUGGUUCUGAAGUUGCAAGACGUGCAAAAGGACUCGGCAUGCAUGUUAUUGCACAUGACCCUUAUGCUCCAGCCGAUAGAGCACGUGCUAUUGGUGUGGAGUUGAUCUCUUUUGAUCAGGCUAUCUCCACUGCAGACUUCAUUUCACUCCAUAUGCCUCUUACUCCUACAACUAACAAGGUAUUUAAUGAUGAAACCUUUUCAAAGAUGAAAAAGGGUGUCCGCAUCAUAAAUGUAGCUCGAGGUGGUGUUAUUGAUGAAGAUGCCUUAGUGAGGGCCCUUGAUAAUGGAACAGUUGCACAGGCGGCACUUGAUGUGUUCACAGAGGAGCCCCCACCUAAAGAUAGCAAAUUAGUCCAACAUGAGAAUGUUACUGUUACGCCACAUCUUGGAGCUAGCACAAAGGAAGCGCAGGAUGGAGUUGCAGUCGAAAUAGCCGAAGCAGUUGUUGGUGCACUGAAAGGGGAGCUUUCUGCUACUGCAGUCAAUGCUCCUAUGGUUCCCCCCGAGGUCUUGUCAGAAUUGGCUCCUUAUGUUACACUGGCUGAGAAACUGGGUAGGCUAGCUGUACAAUUAGUUGCUGGAGGAAGUGGAAUUCAGUCUGUGAAGGUGGCCUACAAAUCAGCUCGAGAUCCAGAUAACUUGGACACCAGACUUCUUCGUGCCAUGAUAACGAAGGGCAUUAUCGAGCCUAUAUCCGACUCCCAUAUCAACCUCGUCAAUGCAGAUUUCAUCGCCAAGCAAAAGGGUCUCCGAAUUAGUGAGGAACGAGUUUUGGUGGACUCGUCAUCUGAAAAUCCUAUUGACUCGAUCCAGGUACAGGUAAGUAACGUGGAGUCAAAAUUUGCGAGCGCUUUGACAGAGAAUGGAAACAUUAGCAUUGAGGGGAGAGUUAAGUAUGGGAUACCUCAUCUAACGCGCGUCGGAUCAUUUGAAGUUGAUGUCAGUCUGGAUGGAAAUCUCAUACUAUGCCGUCAAGUAGAUCAACCGGGAAUGAUUGGACGAGUUGGAAACAUCCUUGGAGAGCGUAAUGUUAAUGUGAGCUUUAUGAGUGUGGGAAGAACUGCUAAGAGGACAAAGGCCAUAAUGGCAAUUGGAGUAGAUGAAGAACCUGAUAAGGAUACACUUAAGAAGGUUGGCGAAGUGCCUGCAGUUGAAGAGUUUGUUUUUCUUGAACUUUAG